AUGACAGAACAACUAAAAAUACAAACUAAUGUUAUAACAGAAAAUAUUACUGCCGUUAUAUUACAAAAAGUGGAUGAAAAACUAAAACCGAUUAUUGAAGAGAACCAAAACCUGCGAAACGAAGUGAACAAACUAAACAACAAGCUAAUAAAUCUCGAGGCAAACACCAAGCGUAAAAACGUAAUAAUCCAUGGGCUCCCAGAGCCUAACGAAGAAAGUCACGAACAAUUGACUACGCUCGUCACGUCAACGUUGAAAGAAAUUGAGGUGAAUCUGGAAAUAGGGGAGAUAGAUAGACUUCAGAGACUGGGUAAAAAACGAGACAAUGACGUCAAAAUCAGACCAAUCUUGCUGGCUACCACAACCCUUGGGAAAAAAAUCCAGAUUUUAAAAAACAAAAAGAAAAUGAAAUCUGGCACAUACAUUACACAUGAUCUACCGAAGGCAGUGCUACAAGCAAAAACUAAAAACCUUAACACAAAUAAAGACAGUGAAAAAAGAAAAAGAUCUGACACUCCAAGCCCCAACCAGCAGAAUAAAAGUACCUCUAAAUUGCCAAAGAUAAAUACAUUUCAACACCUGCGGGAGAGAUCACACUCCACUUCGGGGACCAUUACAUACAAAAACUAA